AUGGCCGAAGUCCCAAAGACCAUGUCCGGCAUCGUCAUCGAGAAGCCCGGCGGUGUCGACGUCCUCAAGUACAAGACCGACCUGCCCGUGCCCGAGAUCAAGGAGGGCGAAGUCCUUGUGAAGAACGAGUACAUUGGCGUCAACUUUAUUGAUACCUACUUCCGAACAGGCCUCUACCCCUCCUCCUCAGGCUACCCCUUGAUAACCGGCAAAGAAGCCUCGGGCACUGUGGUCAGCUCCAACUCCCCGCGCUUCUCCCCCGGCGACCGCGUCGCCUACCUCUCCGACGCCACCUACGCGGAAUACACCCCCGUCUCCGCCGCUCGCUGCGUCGGCCCCCUCCCCGCAAACAUCUCCUCUGAGACCGCCGCCGCCGCCCUGCUCCAGGGUCUAACCGCCCUAACCUUGGUUCGCGAAGCCGCGGGCAUCGAGCAAAAGCUGGGAAUCAGCGAAGGGCCCUGGACGCUUGUGCAUGCCGCCGCGGGCGGGACGGGUUCGUUGCUGGUGCAGAUCUUGAGCGUUAUGGGCGCGAAAAUCAUUGCUACGGCUGGAGGAAAGGAGAAGUGCGAGCAGGCGCACCACCAUGGCGCGCAGUGGACGAUUGAUAACAAGAGCGAGGAUGUGGUGGAGAGGGUGAGGGAGAUUACGCAUGGACGCGGGGUGGAUGUUAUCUUUGAUGGGGUGGGUAAGGCUACUUUUGAUGCGGAUAUGGAGAUGGUGGCGAGGAAGGGCAUGGUGAUUAGCUUUGGAAACGCGUCGGGUAAGGUGGAUCCGCUGGAUAUUCUGAGGUUGGGGGCCAAGAACGUUAAGGUGAUGAGGCCGGUUUUGUUCGGCUACAUUGUUACGCCGGAGGAGUGGGAGAGGUGGACGACGGAGUUGUUUGAGCUGAUCAAGCAUGAGAAGGUCAAGAUCAAGGUCCAUGAGGUUUAUCCCCUUCAGGAGGUGGCGCGUGCGCACACCGAUCUGGAGGGCAGGAAGACUACGGGCAAGUUGUUGUUGAAGCUUUGA